UUUUCGCAUAACUGUUCUCAUUCUUACUCAUUACUACUUUAUCUUCUUCCUCUUUGAUUCUUAACCAUAAUCAUGGAGGUCUGGUUCAUCGUCCUCGUCUCUGUCUGUUUCUGCUUUGCCAUCCGAGCCUUCUUCAAUCUUCUUUCUCCCUCUCGCCCCACCCCUCUACCACCUGGUCCUCCUGGUAUUCCCAUCAUUAGCAAUAUUCUUUUUCUGCGCAGAUCGUUCUUAGAAGUCGAAGCGUUACUCCGAAAUCUUCGUGCCAAAUACGGUCCCAUCUUCGCUCUUCCUGUUAGGUCUCGUCCGCUUAUAUUUGUAGCUGAUCGAUCUAUCGCCCACCAAGCCCUCGUUCAAAACGGUGCUGUUUUCUCUGACCGUCCCAAGGCUCUUCCCAUCAGUGAGGUUUUUAACUGCGAGCAACAUGACAUUAGCUCCGCCUUCUACGGCCCCACAUGGCGCGUCCUCCGCCGCAACCUCACCUCCGAGAUGCUUCACCCGACCCGGAUUAAAUCCUUUUCAGGUUCGCGUAAAUGGGUUUUGGAAGUGCUUAUUAAUCGACUCAAAUCUGAUUCUGAAUCGAGCAAUUCUAUUAAGGUGAUUGACCAUCUUCAAUACGCUAUGUUCUGUUUGCUGGUGUUCAUGUGCUUCGGUGAAAAGUUAAACGAGAAGCAAAUUAACGAUAUCGAGCAUGUUCAACGACUUGUGCUUUUGAGCUUCAACAGAUUCAGGGUGCUGAAUUUCUGGCCAAGAAUCACUCGCAUAUUGUUCCGCAAGCGGUGGCAGGAAUUGUUCCAGACUCGGAAAGAACAGGAAAGUGUUCUGAUUCCACUGAUCAGAGCGAGGAAGAAAGCCAAGGAAGAGAGAUUAACCAGAGCUGCAGAGGACAGUGAUAACUCAGAUCGAAUUAUUGUGCCUUACGUGGAUACUUUGCUGGAUUUGGAGUGGCCAGAGGAGAAGCGUAACCUGGAAGAAUCUGAAAUUGUUUCUGUAAGUUCAGAGUUCAUAAAUGCAGGUACAGAUACAACAGCUACGGCGCUGCAAUGGAUUAUGGCAAAUUUAGUGAAAUACCCACAUAUACAAGAGAGGCUUGUGGAGGAAAUUAGAGGUGUGAUGGGAGAUAGAAAGGAGAAGGAAGUAAAAGAGGAGGAUCUGAACAAAUUACCUUAUCUUAAAGCUGUGAUUUUGGAGGGACUAAGGCGUCACCCACCCGCACAUUUUGUUCUGCCACAUGCAGUGAAAGAGGAUGUGGUAUUGAAUGGUUUCUUGAUACCCAAAAAUGGAACUAUAAAUUUCUUAGUUGCAGAGAUGGGAUGGGACCCAACGGUGUGGGAGAAUCCAAUGGAAUUUAAGCCAGAGAGAUUCUUGAGCAUGGAGAAGGAUGGAGAUGAAGUGUUUGAUAUUACGGGAAGCAAAGAGAUAAAGAUGAUACCCUUUGGAGCAGGGAGAAGAAUCUGUCCGGGCUAUAAUUUGGCAAUGUUUCAUUUGGAGUACUUUGUGGCCAAUCUGGUUUGGAAUUUUGAGUGGAAGGUUUCAAAUGGUGAUGUUGACUUAUCUGAGAAACAGGUGUUCACUGUGAUGAUGAAGAAUCCAUUACAAGUUCACAUAUCUCCAAGAACUUGAACCUGGACGAGGAAUUUCAAAGUUUCGCAAGAAAGUUGACCCCACUUCUGGGAAAGUUUGUAUAUAUAUACAUAGCAUGAGGUUUUGUAAAUAUUACCGUACAAUUAAGUUUAUAGUUACAUAUACUUUGCAUAUUAAGAACCUGUUAGUGUCACUUUCUCAUCUUAAUAAAUUUACGAAUUCAGAAAAUUUCUGAGAAUUAAGAUGGUUGUUUCGAGCUCC